UGUAGAAUAGGCGGGGCGGAGGAGCCGGAAGUGGACUUUCAUAACCCGGAAGGGGAGUGUUUUCUCAGCUGUGGUGUUGAUGGUUUCCAGCUCCCGAUCCUACUGCGACUGAAGGAAUCGUCGCGAAAGGAUGGUGUGCGAAAAAUGUGAAAAGAAACUUGGUACUGUUAUCACUCCAGAUACAUGGAAAGAUGGUGCAAGGAAUACCACAGAAAGUGGAGGAAGAAAGCUGAAUGAAAAUAAAGCUUUGACUUCAAAAAAAGCGAGAUUUGACCCAUAUGGAAAGAAUAAGUUCUCCACUUGCAGAAUUUGUAAAAGUUCUGUGCACCAGCCGGGUUCUCAUUACUGCCAGGGCUGUGCUUACAAAAAGGGCAUCUGCGCUAUGUGUGGAAAAAAGGUUUUGGAUACCAAAAACUACAAACAAACGUCUGUCUAAAUGUAUUGAAGUAUCUACCUUUCCAUAUGAUUUACUUUUUGCUUUGAAUUUUCAAGGUAUAACAUAGAUAUUCAAUUUCCAAAAUAACAUGCCUUUAAAUAAUUACAUUUAAACCAGGGAAGUAGAUUGGUAUUCAUUCUUUUGCUCUCAAGAAUUUCUGAAUGGCAACAGUAUAAAAAGUUUUCUGCCUAAAGGUUUUAUUUUCCUUACAAAUAUCUUACUGAACUGGAAUAAGUGAUAAAUUAACAAAAAAAAAUAUUUUCCCAGUUCUGUGUGCACUUUUUAUUUAUCAUUACUCAUAUGAUUUUUAUUAUCUUUUUUUCUACUUUAUAUGUAGAUCUUGAAAAAGUGAGAAGGAAGUUAUUAAUAUUGGCUUUGAACUUGGCAUUUAGAUUUGUAAUUCUUCCCUCAUCCCCUUUUUAUUCAUAUAGUUCUUAGGGUCAGCAGUCCCUUAAUUAAUUGUGGCUUCAUAGAGCAUUUAAAUAUCUGAGACCAUUAUUGCUAAAUAGUUCCUAAGUGAUUAGCUCAGACCCAAAUCAAACAAAAGUUGUAUUUGUGGUAUUUUUUAUUUGUUCUUGAAGCCAAAAUGCCAGUACCUUUCACAUGAGAACAGGAACACAAGGGAUACCCUAUAUGUGUCCACAUCAACACACUGGAUUUGAGAAAAACACGUAUUACACAUUACCUUGAAUUCAGACCAUCAUGAAAGGCAAGAGAACAGUGUGCAUCUAUCAUGGUAGAUCACUAUCCUUUGGGAAAGUGCUUUGAAGCAGAAACUAAACUUUUUUUUUUCUUACUUCCUCUCCUUUUCCACACCCCCCCCCACCAAAUAAAUAGACUAAGCAAACAUUUUUAUUUUUAUUUAUUUAUUUAUUUAUUUUGUUUUUUGCUUUUUAGGGCCACACCGUGGCACAUGGAGGUUCCCAGGCUAGGGGUCGAAUCGGAGCUACAGCUGCUGGCCUGCACCAGAGCCACAGCAAUGCAGGAUCCGAGCUGUGUCUGUGACCUACACCACAGCUCACAGCAAUACCCAGAUCCUUAACCCACUGAGCGAGGCCGGGGAUCAAACUCACAACCUCGUGGUUCCUGGUUGGAUUCGUUUCUGCUGCACCACAACGGGAACUUCUAAGCAAGCAUUUUGACUCCUUUUUUAAAUAUAUGUAACAUAGACUGCUAAAAGACUACUUUGACGUUUCAAAGAUUUUUCCUAUGUUGCCUUCAGAGGCACAGGACUUUUGCUUUUGGAACCUGUUAACUUACUGUGGGAGACAGAAAAAAAUAUUCCCCAUUGCCAAGUACAGUAUAAAUACAUAUCACUAUCAAAUGUGUAGAGGAGAUAACAUGAUGCUACACAUGGUAUAGAUGGCACAUUUUUAUUUGUUUUAAAAUUAUUAUAGAAAGUAUUUAAAGUUUUAACUGUUUAAGUUAUCUAUAAGUUCCACCACCCAAAGGUCAUCCUUAUUCUUACCCAGAAAGAUCACAAUAAAAUGCAAAAUAUAAUAAAUAAUAAUAGCUCUG